CAAGCAGCCAUGUAUCCUCCCAGCAGCUACGCGGUGAGAGCCGCCAGGCGCUGCUCCCGUCACGGUCAUCCUUUCUCCGUUCACCCCUUCAAACAAUGUUAUCCAAACCAUUCUUCGACUGCUAAACUCAAGGAUUUGGAUUGAUUCUACCAGCUACAGUUUGCCAUGGCGACGGUGGUGAUGGAGCAGAUCGGUCGCCUGUUUAUCAACGCGCAGCAGCUGCGUCAGAUCCCUCAGCUGCUGGAGUCGGCCUUCCCCACGCUGCCUUGCACUGUGAAGAUAUCCGACGUUCCCUGGGUUUUCCGCGAGCGUCAUAUCCUCACCGGCUACAGACAGCCAGACCAAAGCUGGCGCUACUACUUCCUCACCCUCUUCCAAAGGCACAAUGAGUCCCUCAAUGUGUGGACCCACCUGCUGGCCGCCCUCAUCAUCUUGGUGAAGUGGCAGGAGAUCUCGGAGACGGUGGAUUUUUUGCGAGACCCUCACGCCCAGCCCCUCUUCAUUGUCCUCCUGGCAGCCUUCACCUACCUCUCCUUCAGCGCUCUCGCUCAUCUGCUCUCUGCCAAGUCCGAGCUCUCCUUCUACAGCUUCUACUUCCUCGACUAUGUUGGGGUGGCUGUCUACCAGUAUGGCAGUGCCCUGGCACACUACUACUACGCCAUAGAGAAAGAGUGGCACACUAGAGUGCAAGGGCUCUUUUACCUAUCUAAGCUUUUGUCCUUUGGGGUCGGGGCGGGGGGGGGGGGGCCCCCGCUCCCCCGCCGGGGGGGGGGGGGGUCAGACCCAGUUGUGACGUACCAUUUCUACCACAUGGUCUUUUUUCUUAUCAGCGCCUAUUUCUUCUGCUGCCCUCACCCAGAGAGUUUGUUCCCUGGGAGGUGUGACUUCAUCGGGCAGGGCCACCAGAUCUUUCACAUAUUCGUUGUGGUGUGCACCCUGAUGCAGAUCGAAGCGCUGAAAAUAGACUUCACAGAGCGCCGUCCCUUCUACGAGCGCCUUCACGGCGAUCUCGCGCACGAUGCCGUUGCACUCUUCAUCUUCACUGCCUGCUGCAGUGCUCUCACUGCUUUUUAUGUGCGCAAUCGUGUCCGUGCCUCUCUGCACGAGAAGGAGGAGUAAGAGUUGACAUGAGUGUGUGUUAAAAAAAUAAAUAAAAAGUCAUUUAUUUUACUCUGUAGUGACCAUUCAUUUAAAAAUAAUGUUUUUGUCAAUGAAAGUUAUCAGUUUGUGAUAGUGACUUAUUUCUUCUUAAUGUGAUCUGCCAAACUACAGUGAUCUUAAAAAAAAAAAAAAAAAAGUGAUUAAGGGUGUGUUUUUGUUACUUACAAUGAAGAAAAGGGAAGCUCAUCAUUUGUCUGUAGCACUACAGGUAGUACUUAAACACGGCAAAGACUCUGCUUUUUUUCUUAGUCUGGUUUUAGUCAUUGUCUAAAAGAAUGUGGUUUUACUUCACCCUACACGAAAUACGCUCUCUGUCAAGGUGAGCAGAAAAAUGAGUUUCUUAAGAUGCCUUUUACCCAAUUGUA